ACGGGGAUUGGUUGUUAGUAAUCACGUGGUGUGAAGACGCGGAACAAAAUGGUUCACUUCGAUUCUUAUCUUUUUUUUUUUCUAACCGUAACCUCUAACCGUUUUGUAUACCGUAUAUUGACAUAACAGUUUUUAUUAUUUAUCUUUUUUUUGUUAUAUUAUAUAACUAUUCUCUCAGACACUUCAACGGUAGGGGGGGCGUACACGUCUUUGAUUGGACAAAAUUGUGGCGUUCUUUGACGUUCUCCUUUUCUGAUUGGCUUAUUUAAUACGUCAUCACCACGCUGCCCAAUCAGAGGGCGGUAUUUACUCAGCUGAUAAAACCCCAUGAAAACCAAACGCAUGCUACCUGUUGAACUAACUUUAAAACCAAGUAUCGUUCACUCGUAGUUAUCAGUUGGGUUUUUUGGAGUUAUUGCCUUUAAAAAAAAAAAAAAAACAGACUAUGGCCACUCGUGUUCGACCGAGUAAUAAGCGGUGUGCAGUGAUCGGGGGGUCAGGUUUCCUGGGCCGACACUUGGUGGAGAAGCUCCUGGAUCGUGGCUACACAGUGGCCGUGUUCGACAUCCGACAGAGCUUCGAGCUCCCCGGCGUCACUUUCCACCAGGGAGACCUGUGCGACAUGGAGGCCUUGCUGCCGGCACUGAACGGCGCGUCUCUGGUCUUCCACUGCGCCUCUCCAUCACCUGCAAGUGAUGACAGGCGACUCUUUGAAAAGGUCAACAUUCAGGGCACGAGGAUUGUCAUUCAGGCUUGCGCCAAAGCCGGAGUACAGAAACUGGUGCUGACCAGUAGUGCCAGUGUGGUGUUUGAGGGGGUCCACAUCAAGAAUGGCAGGGAAGAUUUACCAUAUGCCAAGAAGCCUAUCGACUACUACACGCAGACCAAGAUUGAGCAAGAGAAGUUGGUCCUACGGGCGUGUGACAAGCAGACCGGUUUCCUCACAGUUGCCAUCCGUCCUCAUGGCAUCUUCGGACCCCGGGACCCGCAGCUGGUCCCCAUCCUGGUGGACACAGCACGCAGGGGCAAGAUGAAGUUCAUCAUUGGCGAUGGCACCAACCUGGUGGAUUUCACCUUUGUGGAGAACGUGGUUCAUGGACACAUCUUAGCUGCAGAGCACCUGAGGCCAGACUCUCCCAUCUGUGGCAAACCGUACCACAUCACCAACGACGAACCAGUCCGCUUUUGGGACUUCAUGUCGGAUGUGUUGGUCGCUCUGGGUUACGCCGCUCCACGCUACCACCUGCCAUACACCUUUGUGUACGGACUCGCCCUCCUCCUUUGGCUGCUGGCUCUGGUGCUACGCCCCCUGGUGUCUUUCAAACCCACCUUCACGCCAAUGAGGGUGGCUCUGGCGGGAACCCACCACUACUACAGCUGCGAGCGGGCCAAGCAGGACAUGGGAUACAAACCUGUAGUCGGCCUGAAGGAGGGGAUCGAACGCACGGUGCAGAGCUAUCCUCAUCUCAGACACAGUGCUUGAUAGUCGAGUAGUAAUAAUCGAGACGCAUGCAAAACUUGGAAAGAAACAUACACAACUAUAAGCAGGUAUGGAGCACCUUUGUGCCUUUUCAGUUGCAGUGUACCAUUUACACCAGCAGAGGGCAGGAGUUGAUCCUUUCAGAAUUAA